AUGUAUGGCAGUAGCGGCGAAGAUGAGAUCGAUCAAUUAGUCUAUUCUGAAAAUGAUGAUUAUAAUGAAGUUUAUAAUGAACAAAAUAAAAGAAAAGAAGAAUUGCCGGUGUCCUCCGAUCUGAAGAAAAAACAAAUUUUACUUCAUCGUCCGCGUAAAAUAAAUGCAAAGCGUCAAAGACGGACGCUAGUAAUUCAACAUCAUCAAGUAGAUCCUAAAUUGGAUUAUGAUCACGAUAAUGAUAAUAAUAAUAAUUCUUCAAAAAUGAUCAUUGAUGAUAACAAUAACCAAAAAGAUGAUGAUGGCGAAGAAGAUGAUGUGGUGGAAGAACAAAAUGAACAUGAUGAGGAUGAUGAUAAUGGCUCUGAAAUUUUAUUACCCUCCAAUAACAACAAUGAUGUCGAUUUCACUGACACGGUAACAUCACCAACUGGUAGUAUAUCAUCAUCAUCAAAUAUAACGUUUGUUACAAAACAAAUUCGUAAAAAACCCUAUAUUCCUCGCCCACCAAACUCCUUCAUUUUAUAUCGUCAACACCAUCACCCUUUAAUAUUAAAUAAAAAUCCUGGUAUAAACAACUCGGAAAUAUCACGAAUAAUCGCCGAUCAUUGGAGAAGGCUAAGUGAUAAAGAGAAAGAUGAAUGGAAACGUAAAGCUGAGGAGGCAAAAGAACGUCAUAUGAAGGCUUGGCCUGAUUACAAGUAUCAACCUAGACGUAGAGUCGUCGGUCCUACUUUUAAAAAGCCGUUAAAAGGUCCUGGUACUCCUGUUGUUGCUGCCAAUGAUCUUUCAAAAUCUGUUGUUAUUAUAGCAGGUGGUUCAAAAGCAUUGGGUAAGAUUAGAAAAAAAGACACUACGCAACAACAAUAA